AAAUUUCUUUCGGGGCCAUGACUUUUCUGUCUCAGAACAGGACAUUCUAGAGGAGUAGCUGCAUGCACUUUAAUAUUUUGCUUCUUGGAAGCAUUCAUGACUGAAUGCUGCUUAAAAAAUGCCAAAUGUUGAUGGUGUGAAAGUGGCAGUUCGAGUGAGACCUUUCAGUCAGAGAGAGAAGGACGCAGGAAGUAGGUGUGUGAUUUCUAUGGACUCCAACAGUACAAGCAUCUAUGAUCCUAGGAACCCAGGGCACGUGAAAACCUUCACGUUUGACCUGGCCUAUUGGUCUCACAGUGGCUUUCUAAAGGAUGAGAACGGCAUGCUCAUCUCAGCGGGAUCUAACAGUUAUGCAGGCCAGAGAGAAGUCUUUCGUGAUCUUGGCCAAGGAGUGCUGCAAAGUGCCUGGCAGGGUUACAAUGCAACUCUUCUAGCAUAUGGCCAGACCGGCUCUGGGAAGAGCUACUCCAUGAUUGGGUAUGGUGCAAACAGAGGACUGGUUCCCAGUGUGUGUGAAGAGCUCUGCAAAGCAAUCCAAAGUCAGGAAAAGAACAGGCAGUACCAGAUAACUUUCAGCAUGCUGGAAAUCUAUAAUGAACAGGUAAUAGAUUUGCUGUCUAAGACUAGGAAGCCUGGAGGGCUGAAGAUUAGAGAAGACCAGCAGCAAGGUUUUUAUGUGGAUGGUUUGAAGCUGGUGCCUUGUGAUAAUUACGCACAGAUUGAGAGGUUAAUGGAUCAGGGGAAUAAGAUGAGAACAACAGCUACAACCACCAUGAAUGCCUCCAGCAGUCGAUCCCACAUGGUUAUCACGAUCCAAUUCAAACAGAUUUUCCUAGAUGAAGCUAUCACUAAACAGUCAGUUAUCAAUCUGGUGGACCUGGCAGGAAGUGAAAGGCAAAAAUCAUCAGGAUCUGAAAAAGACAGAUUGAAGGAAGGAACACGUGUAAAUCUAAGCCUAACUACAUUAGGGAAUGUCAUCAGUGCUCUGGCUGAGGUAGCAACAGGAAAGAAAGUGCUGCAUAUCCCAUACAGAGACUCAGUGCUGACUAAACUCUUGCAAUCUGCUCUUGGGGGGAACAGCAGGACAAUCAUGAUUGCAGCCUUGAGUCCAGCAGACAUCUGCUAUGAAGAAACUUUGUCAACCUUAAGAUACGCUGAAAGGGCAAAAAAGAUCAGGAACAAAGCAGUGGUAAAUGCAAGCCCUACCAAAAAGCUGAUAAGAGAGCUGAAAGCUGAAAAUAACAAACUAUUGUCCAGAGUGGCUGAGCUUGGGAGUGCAGGGAGACAGCAGUUGACAGCUGUGAUAUGGGCUGGGCGGCCACGGAGCACACAGAUGACAUGGGAGGCUCAGCUGGAAGAGGCCCGGCAGGAGUGGGAGCAGCAGUACUCUGCUAUGAUGCAGGAGAGGUGGAUGAUGGAGAAGUUCCCAUAUCUCCUGAAUAUCAAUGAAGAUCCUCAGCUUUCAUGGGUUCUCAAGCAUUUCAUUCAGGAUGGUACUUGUGAUGUUGGUCAAUCAGCCUCAAAUGCUAUAAUCCUAAGAGGUUUGGGCAUUUUGGACAAACAUGCAACGUUUACAAAUGCUGAUGGCAGAGUUACCCUGGUGCCACGGGAUAAGUGCAAGGUUGUUGUGAAUGGAGUGACCAUCACAGGGGAAACAGAAUUGCAGCACUCAGAUCGUGUUAUUUUGGGAUCAAACAGCGCUUACCUCUAUGUCGGACCACCUGCACAAAGAACAGAGGAGGACCUGAGCAGAUAUGACUACGAUUUCUUUCAAUCUGAGUUGGCAGCAGCGGAAGGUUUCGGUGUGGAUAAACUCGGCACUGUGAGCGGUGGACAGGACAGAGCAGAUCCCAGCGUCCUGGCUGUAUUUCAUGACUACAUCAAGUUGAUGCCACUGGUGGAGGAGGUGAAUCAGAUGAGCCAGGAGCUGAGGAAGGACCUCAAAUUUGAAUUGAAGGUGAAAAAUCUGGCCUUAUCAGACUCCAGAGGCCAUGACCUACAAAAGGAAAUAACAGUAAAAGUGACACAUGAAACUACACAGCAGGUGUGGGUAUGGUCGAAGGCCAAGUUCAUUAACAGGAAGUUCCUAAUGGAGGAGCUUUACCAGCGCUUUCUGGAAGGGGAGAACCCAGCUGUGAAUCAGGACAGUGAUCCCUUCUGGGACCCGGUGGAAGCUGUCCAUGUGGGAUCUGCACAUGUUUGGCUGCAGGCGCUGGCGUACCGCAUGAGGCUGGAGGAACGGGCUGAGCUGCUCAACUCUGAGGGACUGGAAGAGGCUGUCGUUCUGAUAAACCUGUUUCCGUGCUUCAGUGAUGGGAGACUUUUCGGGGAGGACGAGAUGAUCAUUGAUCCGCUGGAGCUGCUGGAAGGAAGGGUUGAUUUCCAGAUUCACAUUGCAGAGUGCCUUGGAGUCAAAUGGCUGCGAGGUGCUGUGGGAAGAGGCAUUCAGAUCGGGUAUAGAGUUUAUGAUCUUCCCCGGUGCUUAUACACAAAGCCUGUCUGGGAAAGCAUCAAUCCGAAGAUAGAAGAAACAGUCCAUUUCUCAGCUCUAAAAGCUUCCUAUGAAUUUCUGAAUUAUUUACAGAAAAAUGCUUUAAUUGUUGAUUUAUGGGGCCUCCAAGAAGGUUGCAUGGAGAUGGACUCCUCACUUGAUGGCCUUUUGCUCACAGCUGAGGGCACCGUUGUGAUUGAUAAUCCCAAAGAUUUGACUGCAAGCCAUGCUGGUCUGGAUGCAGCUAUGGAAGUGCCUGAACUCUACCGGAAACUGCUGCAGAUGGAACAAGAGACAGAGCUGCUGAGGGAGCUCAACAGAGCUUUAAGAGAAGAAAAUGCUCUUCUGAAAGACAAACUGAAGAAAUGGGACGUGGGACAUCAUGAAAAGAAGAAAUCUGAGUCACCUACCAAGGUGAUUAAGGUGAUGAAGCAGUCUGAGUCGUCAAGAGAUGCUGAAGAGAUGUGCAGCCAUCGGACCAGCUGUGAUGCAGAACUUGCCAAGGCCCUUAAGACCUUCUAUCAAAACAUGAGUGUAGUCAGACAGCAGUUCCUUCAGCUGAAGCAUUCCAGGCCAUCAGUAAGUCCGUUUAUUGCAAUAGUUUAAGCAUCUGAGG